GAGCGGGGUUCGCCAUGAAUCAAGAUUCCAAGCAUCAUAGAGUGAAUAGAGUUAGAGAAUGGCUCCCUCUGUUGCUGCAGCUCUAAUUCAACCCGUAGAGGCUCGUCCGUCCAUAGGUAAAAUCAAAUACUUAGAAAAUGUCCCACUAAUCGAUCUAGCUCCACUUCAAAUGCCCCAAAAUUCCUCCAAGGAGGAUGCCAUCGCUAGUAUAGCUAAACAAGUGCACAAUGCCAUGAAAGAGUGGGGCUUCUUUGUAGUAGUUAACCAUUGUCUGUCGCCUGAUCUCUGGUCUAAUCUGAAGAAGGCUAUGGCUGGUUUCUCAGCUUUGCCAUAUGAGGAGAAGAAGAAGGUGGCUAGAGAUCUAAGGAACCCUUGGGGUUACAAUGACAAGGACCACACCAAGAAUGUCCAAGAUUGGGUUGAAGUUUUCGAUUAUAUGUCAACGGAGGAGCUCGAGAUACCGCAGAACAUGGAGCCCGACUGUAAGGAGACCAAAAUUAUGGGGAACUUGUGGCCAGAAAAGCCGGACGAUUUCAAGAAAAUAUGCCAGGACUUCUCCCAAGAGAGCGUCAAGUUGAUGUAUCAAUUGAUGGAGCUCAUUUCUCUGAGCUUGGGCCUCCCAUCUGAUCGAUUGCAUCGCUAUUUCGAGGAGAACGUGGCCUAUGUUCGCAUAAAUCACUACUCACCGUGCCCACACCCAGAUUUGGCCUUGGGCAAAGGAGCUCACAGAGAUGGAAGUGCAUUCACCCUUUUAACCACUGAUGAGGUUAGUGGAUUCGAGGUUUAUCGAAGGUCAGACGGUCAGUGGCUAAGGCUUAGGCCCAUACCCAACUCUUACAUCAUUGUUGCCGGUGAUGUUCUUCAGGUAUGGAGCAAUGACAUUUAUGAUAGCCUGCUCCAUAGAGUGGUCUUGGACUCUCAAGUUGAGAGGUACUCAGCCAUCCAUGUGGCUGCACCUUCUUACCAUUGCGUAGUGAAGCCAUUAGAGGAGUUGGUUGAUGAAAAUAACCCUGCAAAUUAUGGUGAAUACAAAUGGGGUGAAUUCUUCAUGACAAGGAGGAUCAGCAAUUUCAAGAAGUUGGACAAGCCUGUGAUUGAGGUUACUGACUUUAAAAAGUCCAAAUAAGCCAGUCUCAUUAGCAUAUCCUAAUUAAUUAAGAAAAUGCUAUGAUGAUGAUGAUGAAAUAAGCCACUUUCAUUGUGAGAAAUUAGAAGUUUGUAAUGCUUUGCUCUAUUGCUCUUGGUUCCUUUUUUA